CUAAUUAUUCAACUAUCAAUAUUAAACUAAUUAAGAUACUAACAAUUGUAUUUAAAAUAAAUAUAAUAAAUAUUUAUUUAAACCGAACCAUUUAAACCCAAUCAAACCGGUCUGACCAGACCGGACGGACCGCGUCCGCUACGAAUUAAAAAAAAAUUACAUCGGCGGCGACGAUUGGAACAGCGGCUGCUUCUCCUGGGCGGUGGCGGCCGAGGUCGGCAGAGGGAAUGGGCGGCGGAGCUCGGCAAAGGGAGGGGCGGCCGGCGGUUGAGCAGCAGGGGUGGGAGGUGAAGGGUUGGGACUUGGGGUAGUUAGGUUUAGGAUUUUUAAAAUGAGGCAAUGACAAAAUCGUCAUAUUUUUUGUGACUACAGGGGACAAAUAAUAAAACUACGGGCGGCAAAUAGCGAUUAUUUUUUUUUAAUGUAAAUCAACUUUACCCGUUCUUCCAUAGUUCCAUUACUGUCGACCAGACUCUCCCCAAACAAAUCGACGACGCGAAACUCUUUUUGGACGAACCCUUGUCUCGUCCUUUGAGGGCUACCGGCGGCGACCAAGCACCAUUCCGAUGCCGAGGAGAGUAGGGAGUCAGUUUCGGAGAUCCACCGAUUAGGGUCUGCAUAAAAAACUCUUCCACAGGUUAGUUAGAGUUGUGCAUAAAGUUUUCGGAUUCCGCCUUCUGAUAUUAAGACUCUUUCUAGGCGGGGAGGGAUAUACAUGUAGUUAGGUGGUGGUGGAUUUCAGAUCCUCUAGGCGUGUUUCCAACUUAACCCUUCUUUCUAUUACCCCUUCAAUUACUGUCUGUCUCUGUAUCCAUUCGCAGAACCCUUCGUUCUGUUUUACUGCAACCCAAACGAAGGAGCGGAAAGACAAACCAGCUGCUGUCGAGGAGUGCUAACCGGCGGCGACUCAGCUUCGGAGGGUAGGAAAUUUGCAGGCUGCAGCAAAAACUCGGCUCCGGAGAGUAUUAGCGAGCAGCCAAAACUCUCCGGCAGGUGAGUUUGCGAAAUCCAUUUUCUCCGUUCUUCCUCCUUGUCUUGUUUUGGUAUGAUGCCUUCGUCUCAAUCGCAAUCUUUUGGGUUCUGGGUUUUAUGACUUGCUUUGUUGGUGUUUGGCGAAGGAGAGCAGAAAUAGAUUUGUGUUUUGAGGGUUUUAAAGCUUUCAUGACUUACUUUGUCCAGUCAAACAUAUUAGGAAAGUUGAUUACUUGGCAGAAUUGCCGCAACCUUCAUGGCCUUGUAAGCUUGGUUGUGAGUGGUUCAACCGUAGUGAAUACAGUUCUACCAACCUAAGUUUUCAUACCGCAACAAUACUACAGUGCACAUAUAUAUGUUCUUCAAACUGCAAUUUUCGUGUCCUUGAUGAAGUUCUACCAUUUUGAAGACAUAUUAGACAAGAUGAUGUUUGUGAGAGGGCUGCUAGGUUGAGAACAGUUAUUAGAUUAAGCAAUCUCAGCUUGUAGGCAAGGGUUUUUUGAAGGGAUUAUGAUUCCAAUGUGAUUGAACAUGAUUGGUGGCUGACUGGCUGUUUGACUGUAUAAUGUUGCUGCCAAUAUGAUCUUAAUCUGUCAAUUUGUUUAAGGUUGCAGUGUAUAAAACUGCCAAAAAGAAGAACCAUGUUCAUCUGCACUUUGUUCAAGGUUGCAAACAAUCUGAUUUUAAUCUGUCAAUCUGUUAAGGUUGCAGUGUAUAAAACUACCAAAAAGAAUAACCAUGUUCAUUUUCAAUUUCUUGAUCCUUGUCGAUUCCAGUUCUUUUUGGUAUCACGGUUGGGGUAUCAUCUGCACUUUGUUUAACUGUCUUCCUUAACUAUAAAGAAGCAAUAACCUGCAUAUUAAUAUUUACUGCAAAUGGUCUGCAUUACAUUCAUUCAACCAGGAUGCUUGAGUUGUUGCCUACGGGUUAGACAAAAUAGGAGACUAAAUAAAGGUAAUUAUGUGAUUUUACAUUCUCCUUUCUCUCCGUGCAUAGUCAGUUGCUGCUCAUAUUAUUACUAUAUAUUAAGAAAUAAGAAUCAUUUAGGCGUUUUUAUGCAUAUUUGGAAGUUCAGCAAAGAUGCUAGUUGUUAAGAUUCUCUUUAGAAAAUGUGAUUCUAGAGUUCAGACAAAAUGAAUAUGAGAAAGUUUAGUUUCGUUGUUGUUUGAGACAGCUUUUCUAAUCGUAAUUAUCCACACAAAUUUUCAGGGGGGAAGCACACUGCUGCUUUGAUGAAAGGCGCUUCCACUACCUUGCGGUCAGCAUUCUCCUUCUGCGUACAACAAGUCCGAACCUAUGACUACCACCACUACCUCUGCCUUCUCGAGCUUCCUCCCGACAUGCGAAAGGCAGCUUUUGCACUCCGUGCCUUCAACGUGGAAACUUCCAAAGCCAUGGACGUCGCAUCAGAUCCCAGAAUUGGUCUCAUGCGCCUUCUAUGGUGGCAAGAAGCAAUUGACAAGAUAUAUUCCAGCAAGUCAAUCGAGCAGCCAGUCGCACAAGCCCUCGCAUCAGUAAUCUCCGACCACAAAAUCAGCAAAGGAUGGCUGAAACGUUCUGUCGAGGCAAGGAUCAACGACGCAAGGAGAGAUCCCAAUGACAUCCCAAACUCCAUAUCCGAGCUGGAAAAAUAUGCUGAGGACACCGUAUCCACCCUUCUGUACACAACCCUUCAAUCCGGUGGCAUCAGGUCUACUGCAGCUGACCACGCUGCGUCCCACAUUGGUAAAGCGAGUGGGCUACUCUUGCUUCUCAGGUCGUUGCCGUAUCAUGCAAGCAAGAGCCGUCAGGGCUCGUAUAUACCAAUCGAGGUGGCGUUGAAACAUGGGUUGUUGGUUAAAGAAGGAGGGAGGUCAUACGUUCAAUUGGAAUCACGGGAGGGAAGUUUGAGCGAUGCUGUGUUUGAGAUGGCGUCCGUGGCGAAUGCUCAUCUGGAGAAGGCUCGUCAGUUGGCUGGAACGGUGCCUGUUGAGGCUUGUCCGGUGUUGUUGCCUUCUGUUCCUGCCCAAGUUCUGUUGGAUACUCUGAGGAAGGUGGAGUUUAAUGUGUUUGAUCCGAGGUUGUUGCGAGGGAUCCUUGGCGUGCCGCCGUUGUGGUACCAGAUGAAAGUAAAGUGGCAUUCCUGGAGGAGGAAAUACUGAAAAAAAGCUGGUGUUAUGUUUCAUGAAAUUGCCAGCUUCUUAGGUAGAACUAGAAAGAGAGAGGACAAAGAAAAGCGUUUCCUAUUUGUUUCCAAUAUGUGAACUGCUUUCUCUCAUUGAAUUGUAUUCUCACUUCUCAGAAUACUAGCACAUGCCCCGGCCCUUUGGCCGGUAGAGUUUUGGUGAUUAUUGAUUAUGCAUUUUGUAUGUAAUUUUGACCUAUAUAAUGUGUGCUUUGUUCAUAUUCUCAUCCAUGUUUGUAAUGUAAGUGUUGCUUAAUGAUUUAAAACAAAAAAAAAAUGUUUCUUAAUUAAGUAGUUCAUGUAUAUGAACACUGGAGUUGCUCCCAAUUGUACAUAUUUAAUCAAUUUUCACCUUGGAAGUUAACGACUAUCUUUUGAUGGAGUUUAGUACCCAGCUUUGAGAUAUAUGUGUGAAAUGAGUAGUUAAUUUUCAUAAAUAUUGUCGACGGCUAGAGCUUGUAAUUGUUUUAUUCGAAAAAUUGUCUAUGAAUAAAUUAAGAAAGCACUUACAAUGGUGUGUCAUCAGCCGGCGACCUGAGAAGAAGUUAGAACUCUUUGGAUUGGCAAUUUGCAGUACUGGGUCGAUGAGAACGACCUCAAUUCCUGCUUCGCUCAAACCGGCGAGGUAUCUCUCUCUCAUACACGCAGUGCUUUACUGCGGUUCUGCAAUUAGUUUUGCUCAGUUCUUUUACUAUGAAUUCAAAAGGCAAAGUUGCGAGCUUGUGUUGGAAUAGGUUCGUUGAGUUUGUUUUGUUUCUCAUCAGGCAGCCGAGAGGGUUCUACAAUCCUAUAACGGAACCCAGAUGCCAGGGGCUGAACUGGGCUUCAUUUGGAAUUAGAAAGAGGCGUCCUGAGGCAGGGCCUGAGCAUUCUAUGAUUCGUGGGGGAUUUUGCACCCAACAUUACAGAUUAUCUCUGGCAAGAGACGUUCAGGACUCAGAGGCCGUCUGUUCGAGGAGCUAAGGUUCUAACUGAUCCUAAAACCGGGCGGUCUAAGGGAUAUGGAUUCGUUAAAUUUGAUGAUGAGAAUGAGAGGAACCUUGCUAUAUCGGAAAUGAAUGGCAUUUAUUGCUCGACUAGCCCAAUGCGUAUCAGUGCAGCGACACCUAAGAAGACCAAUGGUUAUUAACAGCAUUAUGAUGCCACCAAAGGCAAAUUACUCAGAUGAUACAAUAUGCAGCACCUGUCCAAGUCUACUUUCAGUUAUCGUUAGCUGCAUGUGCUCAUGGGUAACUUGAUUUAUUGAUUGUUUCCAAGUUUCUAUUCCGCUUGGUAUUUUAUCUGGAUCGAUUCAAGCUCUGGAAGUAGACUUGUUCUGUUCGGAUUCUGGGGAAUGGAUGACAUACAUUAUUGAUAUGGAUCAUCAUUCAAGACUGAUAGUAGGCCAUAACAUGAAAUGGUGCGAUGGCAAGUUGUAUUGCCUGACUCUUGACAUGGCCAUGUUGCUGUGUGGGAUCCUUUCCGCCUAGACACACCUCCAACUUGUAUCGAUGAUAUCCCAAUCUUCUCAUUGAUGGGAAACACAUCCCAAGUUUGGGUCUCACAGGGUGUUUUGCACAUGAUUUGUGUUUUCUGUGAUCUUAGACAAGGUCUUUCAAGGGAUUUCCUUAAGUGUUUGGAGAUGGGAGGGAGAAGACAGCCGUGGACAAUGGACAAUGCUAUAUGGAGUGCCUUUGGAGCAGUUACUAAGAUCUGGCCAUGAAGAAUAUGGGGAUCUGGAGAUGUGAUUGUGAGGUGUACUUGCUCUACAUCUGAGCAACCAUGAAAUUUCUUGUUAGAAUUAGGAAGUCAUGAAUGUAAUGAUCAUAAACGUCUUAUGUUCUCAUGUAUUUUGAGGCCCAUGGAGCUAAAGCUUCAGACUAGGGAAAAAUCUUGUUUUCUCAGGAAGGUGCUCCAGCCUAGGUUCACUUGGUGGCCUAACCGGCUAACCCAAUUCCAAACUAUGAGAAACUGUGAGGCCUGGCGAUGGAACCUACAGUUGUUUGGUUCAGAGCAGCAGCAAAUCAUCAGCUCCCCCCAGUAACUGGUAAGUUCACUUCUGCUUGUAAGAAUCUACCUUUACCCUUUUGCUUGUGUUGCUACCAUUGGUUCAGGAAUGCGCUAAACUGAACUGAAAUGAAGUUAUUGUGGCAAUGUUAGGAUGUAAAGAGAUGAUAGUCUCUGUCUGUGUACACUCUCACUCACUUUCUUCAUGUGGCGUACUUUCUAAUCUUAAUUAGUCCACCAAAGAAGAACAGCAGAUCAACAUCACUGUCCAGUCAUCCGGUUAAGAAGCAGAAUGUGGUGAAAUGUUGUUGUUCUAAGCAAAAUGCUCUGCCAUGAGAAGAGUAUUACGGAUGCAUGAAAGGGAAAUCAGCAAGGAUCAAUUGGUCGAUGUUCUUCAGGCACUGCAGGAUAUACCAGACAUUGAUGAGUAACUGUUUGUGGUCCCUGGUCGACGUUCCAUAAAUGUACCGAUUAGUUAGUCUCGAGAAGAAGACGGGAUGAAGUGAUGUCAAUUUCAUUUCUUGGGCAGAAAGAAAGGCCAGUUCUUGCUUGCUUGGAUAUCUGAUGCUUGAAACUUUUCCUGAAUGGCUGCUUCAUUCAGUCAGGAACUGAUUGUUUAAGAAAACUUUGAAGUUCUCUUCACUGAUCAGACUAUAUGCAUGUACCUGUGGGAGUUUGACUCGACAUUGCAGAUGAAGCUCAUUUAAUGGCAGUUGUGUUGUGAUUCAAUUUGCAGAGGAAGACUCUAUAGCUUGAACUGAUCUUCCUUGAGGCAGACUCUAUAGCUUGCUUGUCAAACAAGUCAAUCCCUUUAAAGGCGAUUUGAAGUGAUCUCUUGAAGCUGCUGAUAUAGCUGCUAGAAAUGCGAGGGAGCAAGAUCCCUUGUAUUUGCUAAUUACUGAUUUCCCAUGUGCUUAGUGGAUUGUGCCUUCUUAUUCAAUAAUCACCCAGUCCUGCUUUUUAUUUAUUUGUUUGUUUUGGUUGAAAGUCGUACUCUUUCUUGAAGUCAACAGGAUAUACAGUAAAAUCUAGUAUACAGAAAUGUGGCAUUCUGAUACUUCUAGUGAGUGUGUUAUUCAUAUCAUCGUAAUUAAAUCGUAAUUAAUUUCUAAUGGGUAAAAUAUUGUAUCUUGAUUUUCUAUAUACGAGCAUUUUCUCUAUUUAAAAACUAAUAAUUGACGAUUGUGAUUUGUCCAAAUAUAUAGAGGUGAACAUCAAGUAAAUCGCUAGGGCCUUGGGAAAAGGAAGAGUGGAGAUUCUUAGUUUGAUUUUCUGUCAACUCUCACAUUCAAACCUUUGAAAUCGAAGUGUAGUUGAGUCUAAACAUGUUCAUGUGAAGUCAACCCUGAUAAUUGCAAUUAUCCCUAGGUUUAUAGUUUUACUGGCUAUCCACGAGAACUCCAGUCGUUACCAACAGGGAGGUUCGUGCAAUUAGCAUUGACGAGUGACGAGCUAAAUAAUUAUUUAUCAAUGGUGGGUAAGAUUACAAAGGCCAGCAUACAUCUGCAAACAAAGAGGUUGGAUGUACUAAGAUAUAUUUCAACGAAUCAUAAUCGUUGAAUUUUUUUUAUUAAAUUGAUUUUAGAGUC